GAGCUCACCUGGCAACGGGGUAACAUCGGGACUAACGCGAUCAAUCUCCACCCUUCGGUCACAACAGGAGCUGGUAGCCAAGCUGGACACCGACAUGGUGGUCAACAAGAAGCUGCUGCCCACUUUCGAGCUGGUCUUCAGCUCCGACCGCGCCUACACGGCCGGCGAUAAGGUGGCCGGGCGGGUCCGCCUGCAGACCGCCCAGCCGCUCAGGGUCACCGCCGUGCGGAUCGUCGCCCUGGGCUAUGCCCGGGCCCAGCUCGUCAAGGGCUCGCAGCCCCUGCGCCAGCAGCAGGAGUACCUGCGGUACGAGGAGGCGCUGCUGCCCGACGGAGAGACCCGGACAACGGAUGUGGACGGAUCUAUGUUCCUGCAGCCUGGCAAAAUGUACGAGUACAGUUUCACCUUCCAGGUGCCUGAAGGGCCCUUGCCCCCCUCGUUCAAAGGCAAGUACGGUGGGGUCUGCUACCUCAUCACAGCAUAUGUUGAUCGGGAGAAGCAGCUUCCCCUGGAAAUCACCAAGAACUUUGAUGUGGUCGAGCCCAUCGAUGUCAACACUCCAACCUUACUGUGCCCAGUUGUCGGGUCCAAUAAGAAGAAAGUGACUUGUUUCUUCCUGUCCGAUGGUUACGUGUGCAUUGCUGCAAAGAUUGACCGGAAGGGCUACUGUCAAGGUGACCAGAUCUGCAUCAAUGCCCAAUUCCAGAACAACUGCUCCCGCAUCGUGGUGCCCAAGGCAGCCAUUUUGGCCAAGCAGACCUACAAGGUGAGCGGCAACACCAAGGUCGUCAAGGAGAAGCUCAACAGCGUCCGGGGCAACCACAUCAUCUCAGGGAUGUCGGAGUCCUGGUGUGGCAAGUGCCUGCAGAUCCCGACUGUGAAACCGUCGCUCAGCUCGCAAAUCAUCCGCUUGGAGUACUCGCUACUGGUUUACGUCCACAUUCCUGGCAGCAAGAAGCUGGUGCUGGAACUCCCUGUGGUCAUUGGCACCAUCCCAUACAAUGGCAUGAACAGCCGGACACCCAGCACUGCCAGCAACUGCAGCAGUGUGAGCAGCAGCAGCAGCAACAACAUGAGCUUCAGCAGCAUGAGCUGGCCCCACAUGGAGUUCCCAGAGCAGGCACCAGCCACUCCUUUUGAUGUGAGCUCCGGGGGUCACCGUCUGGAAUGCCCCACCACUCCCUUGUUGGAUGAUUUUGACGGCCUUCCAGAGAGUCCCAUCUUCAUGAAGUCCACAGUGUUCAGCUACGGGUCGUCGCCGGUCAGCUCAGAGGUGGACGAGAAUGGGAACUGUGAGUGCAUGGUCGAGUGAAGCAGCAAGGACUCUUCACCAACACAGACUCUUGACUCCAGUUUCAAUCACCGUCUGCGUUUUCAGAUGCACUUGUAAAUGCACUCACCGGGGAGAACCUGAGGGCGCUGGGCUCUGCCAGCGAGAGAAGGGCAAGGAGGUGGUGGCAUGUGCCUGCAUGAAGGCCUGGGUCCACCACUGACUCCCACCGCAAGAUGGCCGAAAUAUCUAGAGUUACGUCAAGCCAAUCAGUAAUCACGGGGACGCGCGAAUCAAAACGUGUACUGAGCCGAAGGAACUCGGCUCGGGUUUGUGUACAAGGGGAGCCGAUUUUUAUGUUGUGUAGUUGCUGAUUUUUACAAAUUCUCUUGUUCAGAUUGCCACUUCUUUCUGUUCUCCUGAGGUACUGCUGAUUAUCUUUUUUGCCUUAACUGACAGGGCUACCCAGGUAUUCCACUGCUUUGUGCCAGGCUAUAGGCACUGGUGUUUAAAAGGUGCCAGAUGAUUGUGAGACUGUGUAUGGGGUAACCGGUGAACCGUACCCUUUACCUGGCUGAACUCUGAGCAAGCACUGAGUGCACACCCCUUCCUCCAUCACUCAGUCGCUGUAUCUGCCAUUGUCUGGUUUGAAGGACAAUGCUAGUCUAAGAAUCCCAAAGAGCGUCUGGUCGUUCCAGAUAUCCUGAACAAUUCCCCACUGGGGAGAUGCUGCCAAACUUUGCAUUUUCACUCCAGUAUUGACCUUGGGCUUAUUACUCUGAUCUGUUUCUUCACACUAGGAGAAAGUGAGGACUGCAGAUGCUGGAGAUCAGAGCUGAAAAGGUGUUGCUGGAAAAGCACAGCAGGUCAGGCAGCAUCCAAGGAGCAGGAGAGUUGACGUUACGGGCAUAAGCCCUUCUUCAGGCGCCUUUCCUGCUGUGCUUUUCCAGCAACACAUUUUCAGCCACUGCCUUGUAGCAUCAUUGGCAGUGUCCUGCUAAUCGAAGGGGGCAUUAUAUGGUUCCUGUUUUUAGGCAGAAGUUUGGCUUUAGUAGCUUCCUGUUUGAUCAUACUAAAACAGUGAACUUUUUUGUACUGUUUGUUUUUUUUUAUUUUGGUUUUAAACAUGCAAGAAACAUUUCAAAACACUCCACUGCUGUUUGUAUAACAUUUCCAGUUUUUUUAUAUAGAACUUUGUACUGAGGAUGUGAAUCCUAUGUUUUUUUUUCCCCAAGUUAUCUUGAGAUCUUCUGCCUAUCUAAGCUCAUUGGGAAAUGUAUCUCUGUCUAAAGUGUUAUUUUGAUAAGGACUGUAUUUAAAUGUUUUGAGAUUUUUUUUCUAAAAUUCUACGAUUGUGCAAUCUGCCGGAAGUUGUGUAUUUUUCUAAGCCAAGUAUUUUAUUAUGUAAAAGUGUGUGGAUCAAUUUUUUGAAUAAAGUUUUGAAGUAUUUUA